AGUUCCGCGAUGAUGAGAUCUAGCAUUUGUUCGAGCGUGAUUGAUUAUGAAAAUGUUUACAGUGACUCAUUAUCUGUUCAUAAAGGAUUGCUCGCAGUUCUAGCGCUUCAUGAAGAGUGUGUGUGUGGAAAGUGCUGGGGAUUUCUCAUCCUCUUCUCCCAGGACUUUGAGGUGGUAUUGUAUAGUAUAUUAUCGUUUCCAUGACGAGGUCAGAGAUUUCUCUGGAAACCAGGGAGAACUCUUUACAUCUCUUUUACAUCAGGGAUGGACAGGCAAAUCCGAGCUCCGCCCCGUCCUCCAUCACGACGCAGAAAGCUACAAAGCCGGAUCAUUUGAGUAACAAAACGAUUCCGAGUCUCUUCCAGGGUCGGGCACGGCCGAGUUUAUCGCUCCUGCAGGACUUUUCACUAACGCGCUCUUUAUCCCGGAUCGGUCCGUCAUCACAGCAAGAUGGACGAGUUGGAUGAGACUCAGCUGAAGGACAUGGUGGAAAGUCUGAAACAGCAGCUGGAUUUUCCGAGAGAGAAGACGUCCGCGUCGAUCCCCGAGCUGGUGAAAUGGACCGAAGGGAAAAUGCCCGAGGAUCCGUUCCUGAACGCCGAGCUUCUGAAGGUCAACCCGUGGGUGGAGACCGGAAAAUGUGUGGUGAUCUAGCGAAAGCUGGAAUCUUCUAGAAAUUCCUUUGUUGUGCGGUCGACGUCAUCGUAGCUAUAAUAUAAUCAUGUAACGAGUUGAGAAGUGACGUGUGUGUGUGUGUGUGUGUGAUCUUUCUGUAAGAAAAACCAUCUAGAAAUAAAGACCA